CUAUAAAAGUGACCUCCUCUCCUCUCCAACUCACAUCUGCUCAUAUUUGCUCAUCUUGGAGUUAGAGAGAGAGAGAGAGAGAGAGAGAGGUAGAAAAUGGAGGGGAAAGAAGAGGAUGUUAAGCUUGGAGCAAACAAGUUCUCAGAGAGACAACCAAUAGGGACAUCAGCACAGACAGACAAAGACUACAAGGAGCCACCACCAGCGCCUUUGUUUGAGCCAGGAGAGCUAACAUCAUGGUCCUUUUACAGGGCUGGGAUUGCGGAGUUCAUAGCCACAUUCUUGUUCCUCUACAUCACCAUCUUGACUGUUAUGGGUGUUUCUAAGGCACCCACCAAGUGCUCCACUGUUGGCGUUCAGGGCAUUGCUUGGGCCUUUGGUGGCAUGAUCUUUGCUCUUGUCUACUGCACUGCUGGUAUCUCAGGAGGACACAUAAACCCGGCCGUGACAUUUGGGUUGUUCUUGGCGAGAAAACUGUCGCUGACAAGAGCAGUUUUCUACAUCAUCAUGCAGACACUCGGUGCGAUCUGCGGAGCUGGAGUUGUGAAAGGUUUUGAGAAGUCGUCAACCUUUGAAAGAUUGGGUGGUGGCGCCAACGUUGUCGCUCAUGGCUACACCAAGGGCGAUGGUCUUGGUGCUGAGAUUGUUGGCACUUUUAUCCUUGUUUACACCGUCUUCUCUGCCACUGACGCCAAGAGGAACGCCCGUGACUCUCACGUCCCUAUCUUGGCUCCUCUCCCAAUUGGAUUUGCUGUGUUCUUGGUCCACUUGGCCACCAUCCCCAUCACUGGAACUGGCAUCAACCCAGCAAGGAGUCUUGGAGCUGCCAUCAUCUACAACAAGGACCACGCAUGGGAUGACCAUUGGAUCUUCUGGGUGGGACCCUUCAUUGGAGCUGCUCUUGCUGCUGUGUACCACCAGAUAGUCAUCAGAGCCAUUCCAUUCAAGUCCAGGGCUUGAUUUUUUCAUAUUUCUUUCUCGUUUUCGUUUUGUUCUUCGACGACUAUUUCUUUUCUCUUUUCUCUUUCUUGGUGUCUUGUCUCGUCGUUUUCUCUUUUUCCCCAUGUGUAUUUGGUGGUAGUGUGAAGAUUAAGUUAUGUGUGUACAUUAUUAUCUAUCCAAGUGCAUCCAGAGUUUGUGACAACUUUUCUUAAUGGAGAAUUCUUUUUA